UCAAGGUCGGCCAAAGCUUCUGAACGUCAAAGCUUCAAUCAUUGCGCGAAAAGUUGGGGGGGUUUUGGCUCAACUUGCGCCGACAGCAACCGACGACGACGGGACCAAUUGGUCUCAACACCUCGCACCCUAACCGCAUGCCGCUCCAUCCACGAGUUUUAACCCUCGCUUCUUGGAUGGAGCUGGCAAAACUCGCCAACCGCUCUCCCCGCCUCACCUUCCCCCCCGCUCCUCGGCAAUGACUCCCCGGGCCUCGCAGUGUCGCGCCGCCCUCCAACGCCAGAUAGUCCCAUCGAAAGAUUCAAUAUGGAUUACGGAUGGCUUGCUCGCCAGCGCCUUUGAACGAUACUGCUGCGUGUCGAGGACGUGGAACAGAAAGGCGAGCAAUGUUCCGGGACCGCUCGAGAGCCAACGCCGACUCGGACGGCGGCGCAUGGGGGAUGCUAGCACAUGGCACUGUCCGCCAACGCCGCCAUCUUGGGCGUUUUUAGUGCCGUUAAACCUAACACAAUGGACUUGGAAGCCGCCAUCAUUAGCUUCCACACGAGAACGCAACCAACGGCGAUACGACGAUAGUACCCCCACAGAAUCGAUAUCGUUGGUACCUCGAUUGUUACGAGAGUCGGCACCCCAAGAGGCUGGAAAGCCGCUUGUGGCUUUUACGAGUGCGGCAGCGGCAUUACCCGACCCAAGUUCGUCACCCGUUGGCACAACGCGACCUGACCCUUAUGCAGCCCUCAUGGGUGGUUUCCGGUGGGCAGUUACGCAUGCCGACGACGAGCGCCUCGCAUCCUACACCGGGAAGUUGUGCAGCAGGUUCAGACAACGUAUCAUGCUUGGGGAGAUUCCACCAAAUGACAUCCUUCCGCUGUCGAGAGAAAUAUGGGAAAUGCUGGGUUCGCGAUUGCAGGGGUCAACAUUAGAUCACCGACUCUCCUUGUCGUUCUGUAGGGCGAUUCUAAGCGGUAUUACCGGCUCUAAGGUGUUCUCACCCGAUCUCCUGGAUGCGCAAUUUUGGAACACAUUCCUCGUUCAGAUGUCCAAACUUCCAGCCGACGAUACGCUCUGCAACCUUUUCGUCAAAGUCAUGGCGUCGAUGCCUGCAGCCCACCAACCCCGCGUUUCCGAAGGUAUUCUCUCGGUUCUUGACUGUUUUUUCUCGGCCUGGAAUCACUCACGAUUGGUGCUCGGGGGUUGUGAGACCAGGCGGCUGAUGGACAUCGCCAUCUUGGGAGAGCUGUAUGAGAAGCAACAAAAGCUGUCUGCCUUGCCUGCAUGUCUACGACAGGUCAAGGCAAUUUCAGCUGCAUUGCAGGCCGUUACCCUGGAAGAGACAAAACCGUUACUCUCCGCUGCCCACCGCCUCGUCUUCACUGCCGCGGGCGCCUGGCAGACAGGUCGGCACACUCUACGUUACGGCUGGCUUUAUGUGCUCGCCCAGAAUCCCCACAUCAACGAAGGUUUUCUGUUCGAUGCCGCCGCGUCCCUUUCCCACUCGUCGUUGAACAUGCAACCCUUGUCGGUGGUAGAGGUGUCCUCGCUGCUACUGACGCAGUGGGCGAGUCGGGGAUACCUCAGGGGCCCUAAGGACGUUUAUCGUGCUUAUAGACGGCACCGCGGAAAACGCGAUGAGGCGGCGCUCGCGGCGCUUUUCCUCGCAGUCUUUUCCCGCGGGAAAGGCGAGACCAGGAAGGGCCUGUACCGGAGCGCUUGGAAACUAUUGACCAAGCUACAACAGACGGACUACGUGAUGCGGUCGCUACUGUUUGACACGCUCACCGGGAAACUCCCCGUGCGCAUGCUCGAAGACCUCGCGUUCACAUCCAACAACCACCUUACGGCAAUCGACCUCCGUGAUCUGUGGUCUGAAGAGGUCAUGACCAAAGAUCAACCGCAGUGGUUCCCGGGCGCUUUUGACAAGUACGCCGAAGACAUCGUCCGCGACCCGACUAUCCCUCCCAAAGAGAUAUGGCGCGUUCUGGACAUCGGCAAGCUAGAACAGCAGGGUUCGACAUUUAGGAGCAGGAUCCUGCGCCACCGCGGCACGUUCGGGAAACGGCGAGCGGCGGUCGUGGAGAAGAUGGCUAAGGCGUUUAUGGAAGCGCCGCAUCUCUCGGACCGCGCGGCCCUUCGCCACGUCUCGCGGUCCUUUGCGUUCCUCAAGGCAAUCAGGGGCCAGGUCCCCGACUUUAUCAUCCAAGACAUGUAUCGCAUCGUCACCAAAGACUUAUGGGAGGAGAAUCCCGGGAGGACAAAGCGGCUGCUAUGGUUUCUGAGAAUUGUCGAGAGAAGACACGGCCUCGAGAUUGCUUGGUCGUGCCGUCUUGCGCUGAGGCGUUGGAGGGCUAGGCUGAUGCAGGACUGGAUAAGCAAGGGCGGAGGUAGGCAGUUUUGAGCGGGUUUGCACACAGGUCAAGAGAUGGACGACACGGGGCCAUGUCUCGCUACAGACUUGCCAGAGAGUUGAUUCUUUCGACGAAAAUAAAGUCACACA